AGGCAGGGGGUCGCAGGAGGAACGAAAGCAGGGACCAUUCAGCCCCUUCCACCUACGACAACACCGGGACCCUGAGAGGUGGCCGAGAGAGGUUGCCCAGCCAGCCAGAAUGGACGGCAGGACACAGUGCACCGACAGCCACAGUGAAACAGUCCCGGGCCAAGUGAGCGUUGGGAGUGAGCUGCCUGGGACCGGCGCUGCUGUUGGCUGGCUACCGGGCCCGGGCAGGCGUCUGAGCCCCUCCAGCCCUCAGUCUCUUCCUCCACCAAGUGGUGGUCACAGGCCAUCUCUCGCUGCUCCCCACUCCUCCUUCCACGACAGCAGCACUGUGUCCAAGGGCUCCCCGCUCGCGGCCUGUGUCCCCAGAACCCCGCCCUUUUCAAACCUAGGAGGGGCCUCAUUUCUCUCCUCUUCUUGGCUGGCGUCCCCUCCCACCCGGGUGCCUUCAAAGCCGCCUCGCUCUCCAGGGGACCUGCCCUUCCCUGCUCCUGGAGUCCCCCAGUCCCAUCAUGCUCAGGGCCCCAAACCCUCCCAUGGCCCCCAAGGCUCCAAGGGCGUCCCCCUCCCCAGCCCACCAGACUCCUCCGGUUCCCCAGUAGGGACCGGCUUAGGCCAACAUGGACUGCACGUUUACUGAGCGCCUACUACGUGCAAAGCUCUGUUGGAGGCUGCAGAAUUCCCUGCUAGACUUGGGCUCCAGUUCCGCCUCCGCGUGUUUAGUUGUCAGAGCUCAAACGGAGCCCUUAGCUUCUCUGGGCCUCGACCUCCCCUUCUCACGCGCGGAGUCCCUACAUUCCCUGGGUGGCAAGAGAAGCGCAGCCAGGGUCCCCGGAGGAGGGAGGCGGCGCCCGAGGCAGAGCGAGGCCCAGCGCUCGCAUGGCCCGCAUGGCCAGGCCUCCUUGCCGGCCGCCAGUGUGAAGCCCUCAGAAGCCCCCAAGGAGCUCGUCAUCCCUUUAAUCCAGAAUGGCCAUCGCAGGCAGCCACUGACACAGGCCCCUGGGCCAUCCACAGAUACUGAGGCCUUGGCGGAUGGGAUGCUGUCCCAGGCUGUGAAGGAGCUCAUUGAGGAAUCCAAGAAGUCUCUGGAGGAGAGAGAAAAUGCGGGUGUGGACCCCACGCUUGCUAUCCCCAUGAUCCAGAAAGGAUGCACCCCUAGCGGGGAAGGGGCAGACAGCGAACCCUGGGCUGAGACGGUGCCAGAGGAGGCUGAUUACGAGGCAGUCCCUGUGGAGGCCUAUGGGCUGGCCCUGCUGCGGGGCAUGGGCUGGAAACCUGGUGAGGGCAUCGGCCGCACCUUCAAUCAAGUGGUGAAGCCCCGUGUCAACUCCCUGAGGCCCAAGGGGUUAGGACUGGGCGCCAACCUGACUGAGGUCCAGGCUCUGGCCCCCGCUGGCUCCCACCGCCUGCCCAGGCCAGAUGAGGAGCAAGAGAAGGAUAAGGAAGACCAGCCCCAAGGACUGGUGCCUGGAGGAGCUGUGGUGGUUCGUUCUGGCCCUCACCGAGGCCUCUAUGGGAAGGUAGAAGGCCUUGAUCCUGACAACGUACGGGCCAUGGUUCGUCUGGCCGUGGGGAGCCGCGUGGUGACUCUCAGCGAGUACUACCUGCAGCCUGUCUCCCAGCAGGAGUUUGACAAGAACUCCAUGGAGCUCAGCCAGAGGAACAGAAGUUCCCCAGGGCAACAGAACGGAACAGCCUCAUCGUGGAAGGCCCUCCGGGAUCAGGACCUCCACAUCCGGCAGGAGGACUCAGAGAGGAAGCGGAAACACCUUCCAGACCGACAGGAUGGGCCUGCAGCCAAGAGUGAGAAGGCAGCCCCCAGGAGUCAGCACUGGUUGCACAGGGACCUGCGUGUGCGGUUUGUGGACAAGCUGCACAAGGGUGGCCAGUAUUACAACACCAAGAUGACAAUUGAAGAUGUUCUGAGCCCAAGUACCUGUGUGUGUCGGACAGAUGAAGGCCAGGUCUUGGAAGGCCUGAGGGAAGACAUGCUGGAAACCCUGGUCCCCAAGGUCGAAGGCAACCGGGUGAUGGUGGUGCUGGGGCCACAGGCUGGAAGGGUGGGCCGUCUGCUGGGCCGAGAUGGAGAGCGGAGCCGGGCUCUCGUGCAGCUGCGGAGAGAGAAUCGGCUGGUGGAGCUUCACUAUGAUGCUGUCUGCCAGUACGUGGGCCCCAGUGACUCAGAGGAAGACUGACUCCUGGACCCUCUCUUGUCCCCCAGGCUGUUCCCAGUUCUGUACAGUGUGAAAAGCUUGCCUUCGUGAAGGUGGGAGGUCAUUGUUGCGCUUUCCACUUGCGGUACAGCCCUGGGACAGGGACAGGGCACAAGCUGGAUGGACCAGAAGGGAGGCUAGAAACAAACCCUGUAUUUACCAGAAGUUAGUGUCUAAUAAAACCUGUUUCAAAUA